AUGGCAGAAGCUGAUUUACAAAAUCAUGAAAGUUGGGUAACUGUAGAGACGGAAGGUGGUCAAAUUAACCAAUUUCAAACAAUGGAAGACAUGGUGCAUGAUGCUCUUAGGCAAAAUGACUCGUGCCAAGCAUUUGCUUCUAAUAACAUUGAAGAGGCUCCGAAUGAAGAAACACAAAGGUUUUUUAAAUUUUUGUUGGAUGCAAACCAGCCGUUGUAUGAAGGAGCAUCAAACUUAAAAUUAUCAAUGUGUGUCAGACUAUUAGCUUGCAAGUCAAAUUGGAAUAUUCCUAACCAAUGCAUAGAUUUUAUUGCAAAAAUGGUUAUGGAUGCAACACCCAUCAAAUCAGGUUUGCCUAAAACAUACUACGAUGCAAAAAAGUGUGUAUCAAAGUUGGGAUUACAAUCGCAGAGGAUUGAUUGUUGCGUGGAUGGUUGCAUGCUCUUCUAUGAUAAUGAAUAUGGUAAGAAUGAUGGCGCGUUGCUUGAAUGCAAAUUUUGUGGAAAGCCAAGAUAUCAACCACGUAACACGGGAGCAACUACUACAAAACAAGUUCCUAUGAAAUCAAUGUUCUAUUUGCCAUUAAUUCCCAGACUACAAAGAAUGUAUGCCUCAACACAAACUGCAGGACAAAUGACAUGGCACUAUGAGAACAUGUCGACGAAUGGUCUUUUGCGUCAUCCAUGCGAUGGAGAGGCUUGGAAGCACUUUGAUAGAGUAUAUCCUGACUUUGGUAUCGAGCCACGCAAUGUACGACUCGGUUUAUGCUCUGAUGGUUUUAACCCAUAUGUACAAGCAUCAAAUAUACCAUAUUCAUGUUGGCCAGUUAUUGUCACCCCUUAUAAUCUUCCUCCAGAAAUCUGCAUGUCUAAACCUUACAUGUUCUUGACAUGUCUCAUUCCCGGGCCAUUCAAUCUAAAGGUUGGCAUAGAUGUUUACUUAGAGCCCUUGAUAGACGAAUUGAAGAAGUUGUGGACGGGUGUGAUAACAUAUGAUAUUUCAAGGAAACAAAACUUUAUUUUGAGGGCCAUGCUGAUGUGGACAAUUAAUGAUUUUCCUGCUUAUGAUAUGUUGUCCGGCUGGAGCACUCAUGGUAAACUGGCAUGCCCACAUUGCAUGGAGCAUACAAAGGCUUUUAGAUUAUAUCAUGGGGCAAAAAAUUCGUGGUUUGACUCCCAUCGGAGGUUUUUACCGAAUGACCAUGCCUUUAGAAGGAAUAGGAAUGCUUUCAAGAAGGGGGAAGUGGAGAUGGAUGACGCACCACCAUAUCUAACGGGAGCAGAAGUUUGGAAUAGAAUCAAUGGUUAUCCGAAAAUAACUGAAAAUGGUGCACCAAGAAUUGAUGGAUACGGUGAGUGGCAUAAUUGGACGAAAAAAAGCAUCUUUUGGGAUCUACCCUAUUGGAAGGAUAAUUUGUUAUGGCAUAAUCUUGAUUUCAUGCACAUUGAAAAAAAUUUCUUUGACAACAUCUUUAAUACUGUGAUGAAUGUUGCGGGGAAGACAAAAGACAAUGACAAGGCUCGAAUGGAUAUAGCUUUGUAUUGUAGACGAAAAGAUUUGGAGCUAAAAAGUCAUACCAAUGGAAACAUGUAUAAGCCAAAAGCAAAUUAUACACUUUCAGCAGACCAAACAAAACAAGUUUGUCAUUGGGUAAAAGCUCUUAAGAUGCCUGAUGGAUAUUCUUCUAACUUGUCAAGGUGUGUUGAUGUGAAUAGGGGAAAGCUCAUUGGGAUGAAAAGCCAUGACUGCCAUGUGUUUAUGGAAUGCUUACUUCCAAUAGCGUUUAGUUCUUUACCGUGUCAUGUUCUCAAUCCUAUUACAAAGAUAAGUCAUUUCUUUAGAGAUUUGUGUUCUACUACAUUGAACAAGGAUGACCUAGUGAAAAUGAAAGAAAACAUUCCAAUCAUUCUGUGCAAGAUGGAGAGAAUAUUUCCUCCCUCAUUCUUUGAUUCUAUGGAACAUCUCCCUAUCCAUCUUCCAUAUGAGGCACGACUUGGUGGACCGGUCCACUAUAGGUGGAUGUACCCAUUUGAAAGGUUCAUGGGAUAUGCUAAACGUUUGGUAAAGAAUAAAGCUAGGGUUGAAGGAUCUAUUUGCGCAUCAUACUUGCAUAGAGAAACAACUCAUUUUUGUUCCCAUUAUUUCAAAAACUUCAUGUUAACACCAGAAAGCCGUAGAAAUGAAGUAGACAUUGAAAUAGAAAGCUUUACGACAACAUUAUCAGUGUUUGACCAACCUGGCCGUCAUUCUGGGAGGGAAUCAACACAUUGGUUAAGUGAUGAAGAAUUGAGAUCAGCUCACGUUCAUGUUCAUAAUGAUCCUUUAAGUGUGAGGAACCAACAUCUUAGAGAUUUAUCACUUGCUACUUUAAGGGUGGAUUCAAAGUAUGGCAUUGUGGAUAUUCGAAUGGAUAAAAGAUAUGUGUUGUUUGAUCCUUUUAUAAUUGCACAUAAUGUACAACAAGUGUAUUAUGUACCGUAUCCAACAUCACGCACGGACAAACGAGUUGAAGAAGUAGUCCGAUUACAAGAUGUGGAAGCUGGUCUUGAAGAAGUGGACCAUAACAAUAUUUCAUCAUUUCAUGGGCAAAUAGAUGAAGAUACAACUGAAUCAGAAGAAUACAAUGCAGAGGGACAGGGUGAAGAUGACAAUGAAGAUCAAUUUCAUAGUUCUAGCACUGAAUAG